AUGUCGUUCGACAACGUCGGGAGCAACAUGAACCUGAGCAUCCACAAGAUGUACAGCGCGAGGUACAGCGCUCCCACUAAAAUGAGCGAUGACUGCAAACCCGUGGCGAAAAAGAGGAGGUGCACCAUCUCCGUGGCGAAUGAACCAAGCGCUCAUCCAAGAAACCACAUAGAUUACCUUAACUACAACUUCAACAAUGCCUUUACCAAACGAAGGAAGUACUCCUCUCCCUACUCCAUGUAUAACCAAAACAAAAAGUUCACUCCACUCAAAUGCAGAACACAACUCAGAAGCAGCGUCGAUGAAAGUAUUAAGAAAAGUGCCGCUGUGAGGUCCAUAGUGAAUAGGACGAUGAAAAAAAACAAGCCCGAAAUAUAUGAUCAUAAUGAAAAAAAUUAUUUGAAUAUGAGUAAGGCAUACUACCUGAACAUGCUUGACGGAACAGGGAGCACCACACAGUUACCUCAUGCAGGACAGGUAACAGAGUCUUCAAAUCAUACCAUGCAAAACGCACAAAUGGCAGACCAUAGAAGGAACUUAAACGAAACGUAUAUAUUGAGUAGCACUACCCAGAGUGAAAACACAAAAGGAUACAUUAAUACAAAUGCAGAUAGCCAAAAUACAUUCAGAGAGACCCUUCCUUUGUAUAUAAACUCCGAGUCCACAAUUUCUAGUUUCAACUUAGAACGUGAAUUAGAGAAUAAGUUAUACUUAGAAGGAGUUGCACCGAUUGGCAAUGCAACCGGUGCACUACGUAUUUCCCCAGAAAUGGAUGUGAGAAAAAAACUGGACAUGUAUAAAGCAAAUGGCACAGUGAUGGAUUACGGAACACACAGUCGUGCUGAUUAUGUGAGGAAGGAUGACGAGGAAAGGAAGAAAAUAAUGGAGAGCCAUCCACUGAAGAGAAGACACACAACUCAAUUUUUAAGGGAGCAAGAAAAAUACAAUUACUCCGACUCCAAUUACCUAAAUAAAUAUAUGUACGUAGAAAGAAAUAAUAAGAGCAACACGCGGAGGCACAGUGAUGCUAUUAGGUGCAAGUCUCUCAAUGGACUUUACUACAGUGACGUCACAAAUGAACCAAGCGUAUACUCCUUCAGGAGCGAAGCGUUACCGCAAAGUUACCACAGUAGUCGUGGUGUGAACACCUCACGCAAUUCCCACCACAAGGAGUGUUGCAACCAGGACUCCGACAACCCGCUCUUCCACACGUGCUUCUUCAAGAACGCAGAAGAGUUCGAAAAUGGAGACAUCAAGCGGAAAGAGAACGUGGAGCCAAUAAACCCAAACGAAGAAGACGACUCGGUACUGAAGAACGACGCGGAGUAUCUCUUCAGCAGGGGCUUCUUCAAGGACAUUUACUCGAACAUACAACGCAAGGGAGAGUUGAAUUUCAUUGACGAGUUGCUAGAAGCAGAUGACGAAUAUUACAUUAGCAAAAGUAAAUUAAAUAAAAUUAUUGAAAAUGCAAAAAAUAAAGAAAUGAAGUACCACUACAUAGAUCGUAUGUUCUUGUACAGACAUGCCAAAAAUGUAAUUGACGAUGCCGAUUAUGAAACAUAUAUGAACAAGUGUAGAAUCCAGCACAAGUAUUUAGAUGUACCUUUUCCAAAUCUUACUGAAUUAAUGAACCUCAAGUCGGUUGGUCUCUUUGAUGAAGUGGAUGACACAGAUGAGUACUACCAUGCGGAGGUCAAGCUCCUUGAGAGGUAUUACUACACAUCUAGGGGAGGCGGGCCUCCAGAGGAAGGUGACCACCUGCAACAGGGAUACAAAGACAAAAUGAAAAUGGCCAUGCCAAUGGCUAUGUCUGCUAUGGGACUGAGCAGAGGGCAGAAGGGUAGUGAUGGAGGAGAUGUAGUUCAAAACGGGGACGAAGACAAACAGGGGGAUGGUAUUAUAACAAAAGAGACAACAGUAGUAGGAGAAGGAUCAUUAAUGGAGGAUCCACGUGGUGGAGAAAAUGCAAUAGAACACAUGAGCAAAAUUGAAAAUGCGAAUCAAACUGAACAUAGAAUUGUCCUCUCAAGUAGAAACGCUCCCUUUAACGAUGACCCAUAUGAAGAGGAAUUUGCUGACCGAGAGAAAAGGGAGAAAUUAAUUUUCUUAAUGAAUAAAAUGAAGAGAGAAAAAGAUUCCUUUUUCGAAAGGAUCUUAGAUGCACCUGACUUUUCAAAAAUUCUAGAACCCGUUUUUUCUCUCAACGAAAGCUUCCUCCUCUCACACCAACUAUUUAAUGUACAAUAUGCAGCCCAACUAGGACCCGUUGUGUACCUCAUCAAAACAGAGGACGAACAUUAUGUAUACAGAGCGAUUGAGGUUAGUAGAUUGUUCGAAGAAAAGGUAAAGUCCAUCUUAGACAACCAAAAGGUUAAUGGAAACUCAAAGGACAGAAAUGAUUAUUAUGACUGCUUCUCGAAUGAAAAGUUUCCUUUUCUCCACGAGCUCGAUGUUAAGUACUACUUACGAAUACCCAUGAGCACGGGGUGGAAUCACUUUGGCUAUUUGAAGAACCAAAACAAUGUGCUCUUCUUCCGCAGACGUAAGAAUUCCUAG